UGCAGGAGACACACGUGCAGUCGGCCGGGGCCUCCUCACCUGGAGAUGGUCCACACAGAGGGUCCCCCGUGCAGGAGGGACGGCUGCUGUUGGAGUCUCUCAAUGGCUUUGCCCUGGUCGUGAGUGCCGACGGGAUGAUCUUCUACGCCUCGCCCACCAUUGUGGACUAUCUGGGCUUCCACCAGACGGAUGUGAUGCACCAAAACAUUUAUGACUACAUCCAUGUCGAGGACCGCCAGGACUUCUGCCGGCAGCUGCACUGGGCCAUGGACCCCCCCCAGGGGCUCGGCCAGCCCCCGCGCCCAGACACAGGAGAUGACAGUGUGCUGCGGAGGCUGCUCAGGGCCCAGGAGGGAGGCUCUGGCUCUCCCACCGAGUACUCAGCCUUCCUGACCCGGUGCUUCGUCUGCCGCGUGCGCUGCCUGCUGGAUAGCACCUCUGGCUUUCUGAUGAUGCAGUUUCAAGGGAAACUAAAAUUCUUGCUGGGUCAGAAGAGGAAGGCACCAUCAGGAAGCAUCCUGCCCCCGCGGCUCUCCCUGUUCUGCACCGUGGCGCCUGUCCUCCUGCCGGCCUUGGCAGAGGUGAAGAUGAAGGGUGCGUUUCUGAGGGCCAAGCACAGGGUGGACACCUCGGCCACAGUGGACCCCAGGGCCCAGGCCACCCCAGCUCUGUGUGGACCAGACCCUCGUGCAAAGCCCAGCUUCACUGCAGGAAGCAGCAAUGGUGAAAACUGCGUUCCCCUGUUCAGGUCACAGAUGGACACUGGCCACUGGACCCGGGCUCCCAGCAGGGCCCUGUGCCUGUGCCUCAAGGGUGGCCCUGAACUCAUCCUGGACCCCACAGGGGCUGCAGGCGACCGGGAAGACGCAGAGCAGGAGAGAGUGCUGAGCGGCUGUGCUGCAGGGAGAGGCUGGCGGGAGACACAGGCACACAACUGCUGCUGGGAGACGCCAACACCCAUGAGGCACCCCAGCUGGACGGCAGACAAGCGAGACAAGCCAAAGCCACAGCCCACCAGGAUUGAGCGGCCAUCCAUGCGCGGCGUGUCCCACGUCUCCUGCCUGCCUUACCCAGAAGCCCAGGGCAUGCUCAGUACCAGUGGCACAACCCCCUUCAGAAGUUCACCCCUCUCGCCCCUGCCAGGCUCUCCCCACAGUGCCUACUGCAGCAGGCCAAGCAGACCCCUACGGGACCUCCAGCAGGAACAGGGGCAUCCUCCCUGCCACACCCUGCAGAGCGGUCUGGAGAAGAGGCUCCCUGUGCCCGGAGCACAGUGCUUCCCAGCUGGGGGCUACUCUCCUGAGGAUGCCAAGUUGCCCGGCCUGCUGGUGUCCCCAGGGGCCCCACGCAGUCCAGCCCUGUUGCUUGAAGUGCCAAUCAAGAUGGAAAAUGACUCUGGGUCUGAGGAUGCAGUGGACAUCUGCACCCCCAGCCAGGUGUGGCUGGGAGCCAGCAACAUGGCCAAGAGACAGCUGGUCACUUUUCCUACCAGGAUGCACCUGAAGACAGAGUUGGACUGCAGGCACCAGGUCCACCCCCCGCACCUCGUGCAUGGUGUGGUAGGGGCUCACCCCCACAGCCAGGCCACCACUGAAGCCAGCAGGGAACUUGUUCCCUUCUUCCCUUCACCCUGCGCCUGCCUGGAGCCAGAGCCUCCCCUCCACCUCUGCACACCCAGCUGCCCCGAGCACCAGCACCUGGCUCGGGGCUGUGACUGCAGAGCUCCCAGGGCUGCUGCUGUGGUCAAGCGCGAGCCCCUGGACUCGCCCCCCUGGGCUGCUGCUCCCGGCCAGGGAGCCGUGCCCAGGUUGUUUCCCAAAAGCACCUCAGCCUUCCUGCCCUAACUGUGGCUCUCCAGCAGGCCAGUCUGUCCACACUCAGUCCACCCUGGCUGCCUCCCCCAGGUGGUGGGUGUGACUGGAGCCAAUUCAAGUGAUGCUCUUGACAGUGCUGCCCCGGGCACCUCCAGCCCAGGGUGGUGCCUGUGCUGCAGGGCAUUCUGGAGUUUGUGAAGUUUCCCAGGAAAUCAUACAUGCCCGCUGGAGUCUAUUCAAGCAGGAUGGUGUUUCUCUUUGAGAAGUCAAAAUGUGUCAGGGAAGGGCCAACAUCCCUUGCCCCCAAGGCCACCAUCAGAAGCUUCCAGUGAUGUCUCAUGGCCUCCUGAGCUCCCACCCCUGCCACCUCCUGUCUGGGUGGACAUCUGAGGCACACAGACUACAUGUGCAGCAGGCCUCACUGCGGGAGGCUGAGCCCAGCCACGGGCAGGAUGUGGAGGUUGUGGGCACCAGGUCCUCUGCAACUCCAAGCCAGGGCUCCAGGCCACGCCUGGCAUGGAGGAGGAUGGGUCCCUUCCAGGAACCUCCCAGUGUUCUCUGCGGGGCCCUGAGGUCCGUCGACUCCUCAGGCCUGGGCGUCUGGCAGUACCCACGCAGCCAGCCUGGGAGGCGCAGGCAGGCUGAGGAAGUGGUGCCCUCCAGGGUGUCCAGUGUGCCUAGAUGCUGCAGCCAGCUUGAGGACUCGUGUGGUGUCCACUCGUUUUGCCUGUGUGGCCCCCUCUUCCUUAGGGACCACUGGCCCUCUGAAGGCCUGCCCUGGAUCUGGGAGUGCUAACGUCUGCUGGGCGUGCUCCCAGGCUCCACCUCCCAGGUGUCCUCAUUGGUGGCCUGGGGUCAGUAUUCAGCUCCGGUUUAGAGCAGGGGCUGUUGGGAUGCACAUCUCCUUUGUCAAAACUCGGGUUUGUUCUGCAAGAUGGGUCUCCUGCCCAGCCCCUGGUCUACCUGGUGUGUCAGGAGAAUUCGCCUGGGGCAGGAAUGGGGCUGAGAGUGUCCCACUCACCCACCUGAGCCAGGGUGGAGAGUGGCCACUUACAGCCUCUCCCUCUCUGCCCAGCCCUCAGCGGCCUUUCAAAAGGUGACAUGGGUGCUGCUCUGUCCUGGCAACUGGAGGACUCCUGGCCUCCACUCCUGCCACCUGGCACAGAAGUCAGGACGGGGAGCCCAGCUUCUGCUUCCCUGCUCAGUCCACUGGCCCAGUGUCCCCGUGUUACCCAGUUCUGCCCAACACAGCUUACCCCUGCUCUCUGGGAACUUAUGGAUCUAGUCUUAAGAGUAGAAGUAGAUCCAGAAUUUUCACUUUCUUCUCUCACCAAAUGCCCAGCUCCUGACUGUGGAGAUCCCUUUCCCAUCAAGGUGACAGAAUGCUCCCGUCCAUGGCCAUGCCACCCUUGCCUGCCCAGAGGGCUUGGCCCAGCCAGGUCCUCCCCAUCUCCCCGCCCUUCACCUGAGGGCUGCUUGCCUCCCAGAGAGGAGCCAGCUCUUCCCCUGCCAGGGCUGACAGAGGGCAGAGAGCAGACAGUCAACACCUCCUGUGUCCUAGAGCCAGGGAAACCUGAAACAGUGAGAUCAGGAAGAUGGAGCGAGGGAUGUCUCACGUUUGCCAACAGUAGCCAGACACCCCUUCUCCCCUGCACCAUGUACCUACCAAGAGCUGCAGAUGCCCGAGGCCUGGACAUCCCUGCGCAGAGGGCCAUUCGACCCAUGUUCCCUCUGAGAGGACCAACAGAAGUCAGGCGAGGGCCACCUGGAAGGCCAUGCUUUGUGGACAGAGCUCAGCAUCCACUCCUCCACUCUGCAGGCUUGAUAUGUGGGGACACCCACGUGUGCUGUGGACCUUGGAUAUGUGGGGCCCACGCCGUGCCUGGGCAGCACCUCCCCCUGCCCUCCAGUCAGAAGUUUUAUAGCUCAGUCACCACGUGCCUCCUGAGAACCGGUGAGGGUGUGUGACACUGAGACGCAGAUGAAACGUCCUCAGAACCUAGAGUGCCUGGCCACUCCUUCAUGUUCGCCACGCUUUGCGGUGCACUUUGUGCUGCCCAGGGCCUCCAGAGCGCUCAGCCAUGUCUCACACACUGCCUCUGUCACACUUUUGCAAAAUCUAUGUAAAAAGUUGCAGGUGCAUGUGCGUCCAGUGUCAGUGGAGCCUACAUUUCCAGACAGAGUCCCUGUUUCCUGCCACAAAGGGGUUGAGUUGACAGUGGCACCCUCCCCAGGUGGAAACGCUGGAGUGAAGGGCACAGGAAACACCGCACCCUCACCAGGCCCUCCCCUGCGUCCCUGAGGGUUGGGGACCCUCUGGGGCCUCAGACCCCCAGACUUGGGCUGUCCUGUAAGGGCAGAGCUGAGGGACCCUGUCACAGGACAUGAGUGACAGGUGUGUGGGAGGGGCAGGGACCUAGGAGCUGGGCUUUCCCUCCCUCUGGUCCAAGAGCACCCCUGAGUGAAGAGUUUCCAGACCCCUGGGCAGAGUGGUGGUCACCACAGGCCUCACCACCUCUCCCCCAGGAGACUAGCCAGGCCCCUCUGCUGGGAUGGCUCGGCCAUUUGCAGGACCCCAGGUGCACUUCCACCUUCCCAGCAACGGCCGGUGGACCUGAGGGGUUGCUCCACUGGCCCAGGCGCUGCCCCAGGUGUAGACUGUGGCUGGGAGACAGGGCAACAUCCCUUCACCAGGCACCAUGGGGCCCCUCCCAUGGCAGCACCCUGGCACUGUGGCUUCUGGCGGGUGAGUGGGCAGCCACUUCACAGGCACUUGUCCCUCUCACACAUUCUGUUGUCACUGUGGAGCCCCUGCUAAAAACUAGAGGGCCUGUGCCAGGUGCCCGGGAUCCAUGCAGGAGGAGCACAGGGCCCAGUGCAUGGUGUCUGUGGGCAGCUGAUGGCAGCCUCAGGAAACACUUGAGCUCUGUGCUGGUGGCAGAGCACGGGCGCUCUAAGACAGAGUGGUGGGGUGGCACGUCCUCACGGGUGGCUGCACGUGGGGAGGCUAGAGCUCAGGGCAGGAGAGGCAGGACUGGGUGUGGGGUGCAGGCCCAGCCUGUGAGCCAGUCUCCCCGGACCAGGGGAGCCACGCUGCCGGGGGCAAAGGCUGGGGGACCCAGGCCUCCCUCCAGCAGGCUGAGAGAGGCAGGGUCCUGGCCUCUCCACCCGGGGCUGUGUCCCCCCACCCUUGUCACGCUUGGGUCACUUGCAGUGUCAUUCUCCCACACAGCAAUCUCUGCUCAGUUACAAACACCCAACCUUUUCUCUCUGCUCUACCUUGUCUUUUCAUUGGGGGUAUUUUCCUCAUAUCAUACAGCCAUUUAGCAUUUCCACACAGAAUUUGGUGUCUUCGUGGCUUUCUGUGUCUUUGUUACUGUCUCUGGCUGUGGCUUCUGACAGAACCCACGCUGUCUGAUGUUAACGUCACCCCGAAAACCUCCUCAGGCCUUACUGGCUGGCAUGCCAAAGCCCCUUCGCUCCGAGCCCGUUCUUCAUGUGUACAUACCCGUUUCACUGUCUUUGACCCAUUAACCUAUGACCUACGUCCAGAUUAUUAAUGAUUUUGAGCAUUUCCCCCUCUGUCAGUUCAAUUUCCCUUGACCUGGUCCCCCUUCCUAGCCUUCUCUGGAAUCCCUGGCACUCUCCUCCCUCUCCCACCUCCACUUGUUUGGAAGCUGCAAUUCUGUCUCCUUAAUGGCUAUUCCUAACAACAUGGGACAAAGCAAGAUCUCUGUCCUCCCAGAACCAGCCCCAGACCUCAGACACCUCAGUACUCUCCCUCUGGCUCCCGAGCAGCCCCUGGGGGGUUGAGGAAGCACCAGGAAGCCUCCCUGGCUUUCCUCUGCCCAGGGUGAGGAGGGGAGUCCAAGCUCAGUGCUCUCUGGGCCUUCCCCACUCCUAGUCCAGCAGUCAGGCAGGCCAGGAGGGGGCCCUGGUCCUGCGCUGACGAUGCUCCACGGAGGUCACUCCACUGCGGGCGCCAGAGCUCUGCCCGCUCGGCCCUGUGUGGGUACAGAAGCCUAAGCCUGGGUUGUAGGCCAUUCACAUGCUCACGGGGGGCAGAGCCUCUGCCCAAGCACCCCCUUCUCCAUUCUUGUCUCUGCCAUGUCUCCUGCGCUUACCCAUGACUCAGCUGACUGCACAAGGACACUUGCUGGGUUCACCUCACAUCCCUGGGUGGGGAGGUUUCUCUUCUAUUUCAUCUGCUAAACACCCCAGAAAGUUUUUUUUAACUGCCUUUAUGUAGCAUUUAUUUUAGAUAAUACUGGAUUCUCAACAAGUUUUAUUAGACUUUUUCCAACCUGAAGGCAGAUUUAAACUAUCUCCAUCUUGCAAUAUUCCCAAGAAUUAGAGACACGAUUACAACCACGUCAGUUCCGGUAAAAAGAAGAAAGAAGGAACAUCACAUUGUCAUGACUUAAAAAUUCAUAGGCUUGAAGGUCACUGCUGCCCUUGAGAAGAGGGAAGAUGAUCCCAAUCAUGGAGGGCUCGGACAGAGGAGGGAACACAGCUCCCACACUCAGCCAUUGGUUGUUCAUGAACAUCAGAAGACCCUUCACGUCUUCUGCUUAAAAAGAAGGGGGGGCUGGCCAAUCUGCCUUCCAGGCUCACUUCUGCCUAGAGUCGGGGAAAGCACACAAAGACAAGUGUUUCCUAGGUAUCGGCAGACCACAGGCUGGAGGAGUGGGGCUCCAGGCACCGCACCCAGCCAUCUUUACAAGAUGGUCAGAUGCAACAUGAUGCUCAGCCAGGUGGGUGAAACCACCUGAGCCAUGCUGACGCCAUGCCAGGGUCCUGUGACCUGCAGGUUCCCACAGCAUUUAAAGAUGUGUGACAGAUUAAACCAAAGUUCACCAGAAUUCCUAGCCAGGGUGUCAGACAUCAAGUAGAACUUCCUCUUGGUAAGUACCUCCUCCACACCAAGGUGUGCUCUCCAUGCAGAGGUUCACCUCAGGACCACAGCGCUCAGGAGGCACUCUCACGGCUUGACAGUGACAAGACGGUCACUUUAUGUGGUGUGACACUAGUCUGUGUGCUAAGAGCCAGUUCAGAGACCCUGAGUAAAAACCCAGGCAUGCUGAGCCUCGGGUCUAGUAAAAACCAAACACAGGCCCUCAGGGGCUAAGCUGUAGACUGAGCACCUGCUUAUUUCCCUAGAGCACAUGCCCUCAUCCUUCCUGGACAGGCCUCAUCAGUGGACAGACCCACCCACCAUCUGAGAAAUGAGUGUGAAGACUGUUUCCCACCCUAGAGGCAAAUGCACAAAAGGAGCGGCACUACUGAGAUACAGCUGUGCACGCUCAGGUCCCCACGCUCCCGCAAGGUGCAGCUAAGAUCGGCUGAAGCAGGAACACCACACAUCGUCAACACUAAGUGCCACGGAAGGAAGAGCAGAGAAGGUGUGUGGGCGUCUCUAAUGGUAUCUUUCCCUGUCCCCACCCCACGGGCCAAUCUCAGUCCAUUCCAUGUGAUUCCAGGUCAUGCGUUCUACAUGUCCUGCCAGCUGCGGCCGAAGAGGCUAGAGUCCACAGCCUGUAAUGGUGGCCAGCUGUACCUUAUGUGUUCUGAAGAGAAAUGCUGUGGUUAAAGAGGGGUGAGCUGGCUCACAGCAACUCAUCACCACCUAGCCACAGUGGCCACACUGUGUCUACUAGAAUGUGUCUGCUAUUAAAGUGCUGAGGGAGCACCCCGGAGACCAUCCAGAGAAGCUGGGCCUCGCCAGCCCAAUCCUUGAACACACGACCCACGUGAAGAUGGUGUGAGCUGAAACACAAGCACCUCUGUACCUGCAGUAGCCACCACAGCCCUGCUUCACCACAGAUGGACGCCAGGUCACGGGGAGUGCUUCUUGCUUGGUACUCUCUCACAAAGAAAACUACAUGCCCCAGUAACUGAGUCUCAUGCAGGAUGGGGACCUCACCAGUGUGGAGUUGGAGCCUCUACAAUGAGUGACACAGUCCACCUGUGCCACCCAGAGGGGAGCGGAAGCCUCUUAGCUGUUUAAAGGCAUCUGGUGUCAGCACCUCAAAGAAGAGACGUUCUGAAACAACUCUUACAAGAAUACCAGGGGCCUGUGGGCUCGUCUUCACGAGUAACCCAGUGUCCAUGGCUUCAACCUUCUGCCCUCCUGUGGGGGUAGGUGACGAGAUUCAUCAACACAACAGCCUCCAGCUGUUCUCUGAGAAGCUUGCGUGAUGGAGGUCUUGUCCCUCGGGGAGCUCUUCAGGACAGGCAUGGGUCUGAGGGCUUGCUGAAUAGCAGCACAUGGACUGUCACCCAGGGGCUUUCGGUGGAGGAACCUCGCUGUCCUGCUCUUGUCCCCCUCCACAGAGUGCACAGGCUGCCUCUGACAGCGGCUUCCUACACAGGUGCUAGGAGUCUUCUGCCUUCCAGUCUUUCUCCCCCCAGCAUUUUAAGAGUGAAUGGGUGCUUGUUUUUUGUUUUUUACUGGAUGAUCUUUGGGGUCUUGUAACUGCUUUCCUGUUUCCUCUGGCAAAUAAGGCAUUUGAUUGCUAUUGAGGACAGAAAACUUGUCCUUUCAUUCUGGCUUUCAUUCAGCUGUUCAGGUUUUUCUUCCACAUCUUUCACUGGCAGUGCUGGCUGUGCUGCAUCCUGCUCCUCCCAAGCCUCCGUGCCCUGCUCCCCAGCAGGCCACUGGGACUCCUCCAGCACUGAGGCCUCUGUGGCUUCUGUGAGCACGCACCAGGGUAUGGGGCUGACAUCGCUGAGAGGCUACAGUGUCCUAGGGCAGUACUGUCACCAGGUGUUCAGAGCCAGGGCGCAUGUGCCUGCUCCGGCAGCAUGCUGUAGCACUGCGCAUACUUCCAGAACAGCUCCUGGUAGUGCUUCAUGUACUGGCUCUUUACCCCACUGCCCAGAGGCAUGGUGCGGUCUUCCUCAGGGGUCUAUUCCAACCCCAGACCUGCAGGAACCCAUGACACAGAGAAAGAGUUUUAAUUAAUAUUUUUUGGCAGCAAGGAAGAAUUUAAACUUGCAGUAAGACAACCCAUCUCUAAGCAUCCUGGUUAACUGAGGAAGGUGUGAGAGCUGUAAAUCCAAAUCCUACCAAACCAAGAGAGAAUGGUUAUGCACUAAAUGUCUGUUUUGAAGUAACUGUCCUAAGGCUUUGGUCAUUCUGGCAAAUUUUCUCUUAAUCUCAAAACAUGUUUACAAUUAUAUUUUCAAAUAUAA